UUAAAGGAAAUAUGGGGUCGUUAAUGCUCUCUCCACAGCACUGGAGCAAGACCAACAGAGCAACACACACAAGACACAAACACAGCAUCACGGCAUCACAUCAACACACCAACUCUCAAACAAUCGAAUACUACAGUAGUAGUCUACUUUGGCAAGUCCAGCCGUCGUACAGUAGAACCCUCAGAGCAUGGAUCCGGAAAGGCAUGACAACAUAAAUGCCGCUGGUACCGGCGUUGCUGCUGCCACCGCCGCUGCCAAGUCACCUCCAACAUCAAAGCGAAAGGCUUCCCACUCGAAACCGGGUCCUAAAUUGGGUUCCAAGAGGGAGACCAAUAGAACUGUUGCCGACUGGUACAAUGCCUGCCACACUUACACCACAAAAUUUCCCAAGAUGGCAAAGUUGGCCUUCCUGAGGUCAGAUUCCAGCGGCCCCUUGUUUAGUGGCUCCAAGUCUGAACAUUCCAACUUUAUCAGGAAGCUCCAGCAAUACGAAAUUGGAAAACUGAAUCCUCAGGGAAAUGUCAAGCGGCGUCAGUUUGGCAAAGAUGGAAAUGUUGUGGCCUACAAGCCACCUCCUGCCGCCAAGGGACCUGCUUCUUAUUGCAAACCUGGCCCAAAGAAAGGCUCCAAGAGGAACACCAGCAUAACUGUUACUGACUGGUACAAUGCUUGCCAUACUUACAGGACAAAGUUUCCCAAGAUGGCAAAAUCGUCGUACCUAAAGUCUUCUUCCAGUGGAACCAUUUUCAGUGGCUCAAAGUCUGAAGCUGCCAACUUUGGCAGAAAGCUCAAAGAAUAUGACAAUGGAACGCUCACGCCACAAGCAGAUACUAGACGGCGAACGAACAGGAAGUUUGCAGAAGUAGAAAAAAUGCUCAUUGGGUAUCUCACUUCCAGCUACACUAACGGUGCAGGAAAGUGUGGCAGCAUAUCCUACAAGCACUUACGACAAAAGGCAUUGGAGUUUUCCAAGGAGUUGGGCAUUCCGGAAGGCGAAUUCGGUGCUUCCAAUGGUUGGCUUAGCGGGACGCUAAAACGACAUCAACGAGAUGAAAUGAAUCGCCAUGAGGAACCAGUCAAUGAUCAAGAGGGAAAGGAAUCUUGUGAGGAGAAUGAGGCCGAAUGCGAGUCUGAGGAUGAUUGGGGGAGUGAAAAUGCUGCGGAUGUUGACGACAACGACGCGGAUGACACAGAAACCGUAGAGGAUACUGGUGUAGAAGCUGAAGACGACGAUGAAUGGGAAGAUGAGGAUACUACUAGGUCUCAAAUCUCUGCUCAUUCCGAUGCCGUAAAGACCCUGAUUGAUAACCACAACAAGCUUGGACUUCCAGGAGCCGCCUUGGUUCAUCUCAUGAGAUACCACGAGUCUCUAUGUGAAAAUUCGCCGACGAGGCCCAAUGAACGGUAGGCUUUCAGCUCAAUUCACUUUUCUAUGAGAUAAGCACCAUUCGUGAGGAUUCAGUGCUAGGUAGAAACGUGGUGACUUUUGCGUGCUACCGUACUCGAAUUUCCUUUCCACCUAUUCUCGCCUCUAUUGCGACUGUGUCGAACAUUUUACCCAAACGCAUUUGCUUUCUUUUGCUCUUUCUAGAGGCCAAGCAUUGCUUUUGAAGGUUUAAGCAUGCUUCUUCUCUUCUGUUGGCGGGUUUUUUGUACAUGGCCCCAUGGAGUGAGUGGUGGUCCGCAUUGAAAGUCGAACAGUAUUGCCUGCCGGUCUGGCUCGGUAGCUUUUGGGUUCGGGUAGACUUGGUACUAUUUUAACAAUAUUUUUCAAUAGAGAACAUUUUCUACCCCAAUUAUUACCCCAACUACCGCAUUAAGAUUCGAAGCGGGUUUGUUGUUCUUUGGGGGUGAUCUU